AUGAAGCUGAAGAAGCAGGUGACGGUGUGUGGAGCUGCCAUCUUCUGCGUGGCCGUCUUCUCCCUCUACCUGAUGCUGGACCGGGUGCAGCCCGACCCCGCGCGCCGCCAGAGCGGGGGCAACUUCCCGCGGGUGAGGCAGGGCCGGGGGCGGCAGGCGGCGGGGCCGUCCGGGCUGGUUGGGAAUGGGCAGCUGGAGAUGGUGACGGGUGGCUGGGUGAUGCCCGACGAGGCCAAUUCCCACUACUUUGCCAUGAUCGACCAGCUGAUCGAGGGGCACCAGUGGCUGGAGAAGAACAUCGGCGUGACGCCCCGGUCGGGCUGGGCCAUCGACCCCUUUGGCCACAGCUCCACCAUGCCCUACCUGCUGAAGCGCUCCAACCUGACGGGCAUGCUCAUCCAGCGCGUGCACUACGCCAUCAAGAAGCACUUUGCUGCCACCCAGAACUUGGAGUUCAUGUGGAGACAGACGUGGGACCCGGACUCCAGCACCGACAUCUUCUGCCACAUGAUGCCCUUCUACAGCUACGAUGUGCCCCACACCUGCGGGCCGGACCCCAAGAUCUGCUGCCAGUUUGACUUCAAACGCCUGCCAGGUGGCCGCAUCAAUUGCCCGUGGAAGGUGCCUCCUCGAGCCAUCACCGAUGCCAACGUGGCCGAGCGGGCCCAGCUCCUGCUGGACCAGUACCGCAAGAAGUCCAAGCUGUAUCGCAGCAAAGUGCUGCUGGUGCCCCUGGGCGACGACUUCCGCUACGACAAGCCCCAGGAAUGGGACGCCCAGUUCCUCAACUACCAGCGCAUCUUUGACUUCCUCAACGCGCAGCCCAACCUCCACGUGCAGGCGCAAUUCGGGACACUCUCCGACUACUUUGAUGCCCUGUACAAGAAGGUGGGCAUCGUGCCGGGGAUGAAGCCACCGGGGUUCCCAGUGCUCACCGGGGAUUUCUUCUCCUACGCGGACCGGGAGGAUCACUACUGGACAGGCUACUACACCUCCCGGCCCUUCUACAAGAGCCUGGACCGGGUGCUGGAGGCCCAUCUCCGCGCCGCGUUGGUUUGUGCCCGGCAGAGCAUCCGCCGUGCUGGGGAGGAGCACGAGCAGAGGGUGAGCAGCGAGUUCCUCGUCUACGGCACCAGGGCCUCCAAGGACAAGAGCGGAGCCUACCUCUUCCUGCCCGACGGUGAAGCAAAGCCCUACGCCCCCAAGGACGCCCCCGUGGUGCGGGUGACGGAGGGACCCUUCUUCUCCGAGGUGGCCAGCUACUACCAGCACGUGCAGACGGUGGUGCGGCUGUACAACGUGGCAGGGGUGGAGGGCCUGUCCCUGGAUGUGUCCUGCCUGGUGGACAUCCGUGACCAUGUCAACAAGGAGCUGGCCCUGCGCUUCAGCACUGACAUUGAGAGCGAUGACACCUUCUUCACAGACCUCAAUGGCUUCCAGAUCCAGCCCCGCAGGUAC